ACCUAAUACCAGGAUACGAGUGGCCUCGAUAAAGGGUCAUCAAUUGGUUCAAUAAGAGCCGCUAUAGGUCGAGAUGCACGCGCCUCAUAACAAACACCAUGAGCCAACCGGAUUCGGGGUUCCAUCCAAGCACCCCACGACACAAAGAGGCCUGCAGCUAGCCUAUCAAGAGGCGCUUCUUUAGAACGAACGAACGAAUAGAUAGCUCCAGGAUCCCUGAAUGAUGGGUUCUGUCGCCGAGCACUACUUCCAUGAGGAGAUGGACUGUCCGUAAUCCUAGGCUUGUGACCAUAUCGGGCUCUUGUGAUAGGCAACUCAAGCUUUAGCUUCUCUAACCCCAACGCGAAAGCUCAAAAAGUCACUAUCGUGAGCGCACUCAAUGUCUUCUCAUCGGCUCAUAUCGGUGCCUUCAAGGCGUCGCGUACGGCCCGAAACCCCACCACCGGCAUAUUCAGAAUACGACAUGCACGAAAUGUCCCAGCUAGCUCCCUACAAUCAAGAUACCCGGAGCACACUAGAGCUAGAGUACCACGCACCGGGUAUACCACCGCAAUCUGCCGCAAUCGGUCCCCGUUGUCAAUCCACCUUUUGUUAUAGGACCGUAACGGGGACGAGCCACUACUGUCGAAAGCACAAAUGUAAUGUAGCCGGCUGUGUUGGCCGUAGAGAAAAGGGGCAUGGCAAGCGCUAUUGUACAGUACACGAGUGUUUCUGGAGAGGAUGCCACAGCUCUAAAGCCGGACGUUCGAAUUAUUGCGACCAGCAUACUUGUCAACUAGAAGGUUGUCACGAACCAAGUCCAGAGGAAUACUAUCGUUACUGCAAUGUCCAUACUUGUCGCGUCCAGCGCUGUGCUGGUCGGCGCGAAUCUCCCUCGAGGUAUUGUUCCAAGCACAGAUGCCACGCCAACCAUUGCUCUCGCGCAUUUUCAAAAUCAAGCGAAUUUUGUAUGGACCAUAGAUGCGAAGUAGAUCGAUGCGGCGCGGCGCGGAGCGACGGUAGCAAUCUUUGCAGUCGUCACGAGUGUUCGGUCGAAGAUUGCAACGGGAGGAGGUUCGAGAAGAGUCAAUUCUGCGGUGCGCAUAAGUGCGUUACUAAGGGAUGCGCGGAUGUUCAUAUUGAAGGGUUUCGCCACUGCGCGCAGCACAAGUGCCGUUCGUGCGAGAGGCCUUGCAUCCCUGAAAGUGGCUUUUGCCGUCGACACAAAUGCCGAGAGCCGAGAUGCCUGCAAGCCCGAGCGAGCGGUACGACCUGGUGUCUACGUCACGUCUGCCAAUGGGUCGGGUGUGCUGAGCCUGCGUUCCAGCGUAACGGGUACUGUAGUGAACAUACCUGCUCUACAGGAGAUUGCACCGAGAGCGUGGUCCAGGGGGGGAACGCCAUUGGCUUCUGCUGUCGCCUUCAUACUUGUGCAGAGCAGGACUGUCUUCAGGAGAUUUCGAGAACCGCGUACUGUGCCGAACACGAAUGCCCACGACGCGCAUGUCUCAACUCUCGAUUCUGGGGCGGUAAACAGGACGAGGAAGAGCACGAAUGUUGCAGGAAUCAUACAUGUGCUCAAGAGACCUGCUACGCCCCUACGAUGCGUAACAGGGCGUUUUGUGAACAGCAUGUAUGCUCCUAUACUGGGGGCUGCAUGUCGUCCAAAGUUCCGAACCUCGAAUGUUGUGGGGUGCAUAGAUGCAACCAGGGUUCGUGUCAGAACCCCUGUAUCCCAAGCAGUUUAUUCUGCAGCGAUCAUGUCUGUGCUUGGGAGACGGGAUGUUUACGCGGUUCUGGUGGUCCAGACCAGAUUUAUUGCGAGUCUCACACAUGUACGGAACAAAGUUGCCACGAGAGAUGUAAAGGAUCGCAUGGUCUUUGCUCUGUACAUGCGUGUCGAUGGAGUUCAUCGUGCGUGAACGCACCCUCGAACUCUGGUCAAUAUUGCCAUCAUCAUUCGUGUAUUAAAAACGGAUGUACUAGGGCAAGUUUGGUUGAGGGGAGUCUGUGCCGUCAUCAUGCUUGUUCGUGGGAUUCGUCCAUCUGCCUCAAGCCUCGUUGGAAGAGAAGCAGUUACUGCGGAGACCAUACCUGCGGAGAGAUGGGCUGUGGCUUUUCUCGGGUUCCGGGCGGGUCAUACUGCUCUGACCAUUCCUGUCAGGCGUCGAAGUCUUGCACCGGACAGGCAGAAAUGGGAAGCGACUAUUGCAUCGAGCACAAGUGCAGUAGACCGAACUGUAGAUUGAAGAGCACAGGAAGUACACGGUUUUGCAAGAACCAUAAAUCCUUAUACCGCCCAAUAGGGACUCAUCAACUGACAAGCCUACAAAGUUUUCGGUCGCGCGCGGGAUACGGUGUAAUUGACCCCUUACUCGCAGCAUCUCUUACACAUGUGGACUCUCCGCGGAAGUUGCCGAAAAGUCCCCCUCGGCAACGCCAAUGGGCGUGAGAUAGUAACCGAUUUUCGUAGUGACUAACGUUCUUAAGUUUUGAAAUGACUAGAUUGUACUCAUAUGAAUCCAUCGUUGGAUUGGGUUGAUACUGGUACCUGCUACGAGAUAUUGAUUGUACGAUUUGUUUUAUGAGGUAUAUGGCAAGCCUAUAGAAUCAACAUAGGGAGAAUGUAUAUCCUUAGGUUAGAUUAUUACGAACUAUUUAAAGCUGACAACUCUUAUUCAAACCGAGUUAGAAGGCUUUUGCAUAUUGCAAGGUUGCUUCUAGGGAAUUUGUAUGUGAGUUAAGUACACUAGACUUCCUACAAUUGAUAUGAGAACAUGUCCUAUGCUUCUUGAAAACAUACACCGGA